AUGUCGUAUGACUCACCAAGGGCAACUGCUGUGGAUGCCUGGCUCCAGCUGCAUGUGGAUGCACUUGAGGUGACAGACCGGAACAGCAGCGGGGCCAAUGUCGCAUGCGGGCGCUGGCUGCUGCUUGCCGGAGAUUUCUCUGCCAAUUUGCUUGGGACUCUAGAAGAAAUUCUUCCUAACCUCCAAAAAGACGUUAGUGUUUGGAUAAUGACCAAAGACUCCGCUUUGCCAAGUGUGCAUACCCUUUUAGACAAAAUAGAGGCUGCUUCUGAAGACCCUGUUCCAGUUGAUCGACGCUCUGCAAACAACCUCAAGUCAUCUGUUCUCUACAUAUUUACUUCAGGAACAACAGGUCUUCCAAAGGCUGCAGUUAUCAGUCACAUGCAGGUUCUAAAAGGAGCUGCUGGACUGUGGGCUUUUGGUGCUACUGCAGAAGACAUCAUUUAUAUUACUCUGCCUCUUUAUCACAGUGCAGCAUCUCUCCUUGGUAUCGGUGGAUGCAUUGAAUUAGGUGCAACUUGUGUGUUAAGAAAGAAGUUCUCAGCUAGUCAGUUCUGGAAUGACUGCAGAAAGUACAAUGUGACUGUCAUUCAGUACAUUGGAGAACUUUGCCGUUACCUUUGCAGCCAGCCAGUGAAGGAGGGAGAAAAAAAUCACAAAGUCCGCCUAGCAGUUGGAAAUGGAGUAAGAAAUGAUGUAUGGAGAGAAUUUUUAGACCGAUUUGGUGCUGUUAAGAUCUGUGAGUUUUAUGGUGCUACUGAAGGAAACAUUUGUUUCAUGAACCACACAGGAAAAAUUGGAUCUGUGGGACGUACCAAUUUCUUUUAUAAGCUUUUUUUCCCAUUCGAUUUAAUCAAGUAUGAUUUCCAAAAAGACGAACCCGUUAGAAAUAAGCAUGGUUGGUGUGAGAAAGUUAAGAAAGGUGAGGCUGGUCUUCUCAUUUCCAAAGUGAAUGCAAAGAAUCCGUUCUUUGGUUAUGCUGGCAAUAAGAGACACACAGAAAAGAAGUUACUCUGUGACGUGUUUAAGAAAGGAGAUCUUUAUUUUAAUACUGGGGAUCUAAUGGUUCAAGACCAAGAGAAUUUUCUUUAUUUUUGGGACAGGAUUGGAGACACAUUCAGAUGGAAAGGGGAGAAUGUUGCAACCACUGAAGUUUCUGAUGCGAUAGUAAUGUUGGACUUCAUACAAGAAGCAAAUGUAUAUGGUGUAUCUGUGCCAGCUCACGAAGGAAAAGCGGGAAUGGCCUCUCUCAUUUUAAAGGAGAAUACAACAUUGGACUUGGAGAAAAUGUAUAAGCAAGUUGUCACCUAUCUACCAAGUUAUGCCUGUCCUCUUUUCUUAAGAGUCCAGGAAACAAUGGAAAUGACUGGAACUUUCAAACAACAGAAAUUUCGAUUGGUGGAUGAAGGUUUUGAUCCAUCUACAAUCACUGAUCCACUUUAUUUUUUAGAUAGCUCUAAGCAAGCGUACGUCUUGUUAACCAAAGAAGUACAUGAGAGGAUCUUAUCUGGGCAAAUGAAACUUUAAUUAACCUAAUGCUAGGUUAUUAAGAGACAGUCUACAUGAGCUACUGUGCAAGAAGCAAGAACAUUAAUCACCAGUAUUUAUAUAUAGUUAUCCAAAAUAACAUUUUAUAUAUUUGAUACUUAAAUUGAGAUGUCUCUUGUAUCUUUCCUCAUUUGAUCAUUAUUGAUCACUAAUUAUUUUCUACCUCUUGAGACCAAAUAUAACUAGAUGACCUGUUAAACAUGUCUGAGAUCUUUUUUAUCUUAAUUUUGGAAUAUAAAUGCCUCACAGUUUUUCUGUGUCCUAAAUAAAAAAUGAGGGAUAUGCAGAAUGAUAUGUAGAAAAAAAAUCUCAGAAGAUGAGAAAUAUGUGGUGAUGAAGGUUAUUAAUUUGAGAGAGAGAAAAUGUACCAUUAACGUUUCUUUCAUUGUAGUUUCCACUUCAUAUAUAUAUAUAUAUCCUUAUGAAUAUAUAUUUUAAGACAUAAAGACUUGAUAAGUGGUUGGAAGAAAAAACAACCCUUAUGCAGAGGACUUCGAUGGAACACAAGAUGAAAGAGAACAAAGCAGAAAAUGCCCCCCAAACAACUCUGAAACUAAAAGAUUUAUACCAACAUCACUGCUGAGACUUUUUGUCAUAAUCCACGUUCUUUCUUUUAUUUGUAAACUUGCUGCUUAGAUUGUCAAAUUCUGAAGACAGGCCAUACUUCUAUAAUUUGUGUAGUACCAGAUCAGCAAUAGGCAGAGACAAUGUGUAUACUUAAAGGGGAAAACAGCUCUUAUAAAAAGAAUGAUUAAAACAAUAAUAUUAGCACUUUGUAUCAUACAUAUUGACUGACAAAUAGCUUCCUCACUCUUGUUAAUGACUGUUAGGGAUUAUUAUUUUAUGGGUACUAAAAUAUAGCAGAAAUUUACAAAU